AUGGAGAAGAAGAGCAUUCAUGACAUCCUCCCUCUUGAGUUGAUUCGCAGAAUCUUUCUGAGAGUGCCGGCCAGCCAUCUCUUUCCCCUCAGGUCUGUUUCGAAGCUGUGGUACUCUCUCAUUUCCGAUCCACACUUUGCUGAAUUGCAUUUUCACCACUCUCCCGCUUCCACCAAUGCACUCUUCUGCAUAAAAAACGGCAAUGUGGCUUACUUCGUUUAUUUAGACGCACUGGUAUUUAAUGACGGCAAUGAUGCAUCUCACGUAAAAGAGGUGUGUACCCCUUUCAAGACGAAACCACCUUCUCAUUUUGAGGUCCUGGGAUCCUGUAGAGGCUUUGUUCUCUUACAUCGUCACCCUCAAUGUUUAGUGGUAUGGAACCCACUGACUGGAUCCACCAGAAGAAUAUCUUACUCUGGGAUUGAUUCUCGUAUGUACAACGGCUUUAGGCUUCCCAAAAGUGCCCGUCUGUAUGGAUUUGGUUAUGAUGCAUCCCGGGAUGAUUACUUAGUUGUUGUAGCUUGGUGUGAGCGGCGAAGACAAGAUCACUUGGAUUGCUUGUCCUUGAGAACCAAUUCCUGGAUUCAUCUUGAUGCUGCACUCCCCAAACCCUUGCGUGUUUUUAAGGACACGUCUACUGGGUUGUUUUUGAAUGGUGCUAUUCAUUGGGUGCCUUGGCCUAUUAAAGAUCACAGGGAUGCUAUUCUUAUCUUUGAUAUGAAGUCAAGGACUUUUUCAACCAUGUCUGAGCCGGAACCGGCAUUCUCCUAUGAGUCCUAUCCAGGUAUCGUCCUACUAGGGGGAUGCCUAGCCUUGUAUUAUGACUGUCUAGAUAGCUGCAGCACUGACAUAUGGGUGAUGAAAGAAUAUAAAGUGCAAUCAUCUUGGACUCUCUAUCAGAUUCCUUGCCUUUUCUUUCUGCCUCUGUACUUAUCCAAUAAUGGUGAUAUUAUUGGAGAAAUAAUUCUUUCGGAUAAAAUAGAAAAGAAAAAGUUUCUCAUGUCAUGGGAGGAGAGCUGCUCCCACGUGUUAAAUAUCUUUGUUCUGCGCUUAACAUCAGUGCAACCUAUGCUAUGUAUAGAGAGAGUCUCUUGCCACUCCCUAGUGACAUUAAGGAUGAGGAUAAUAAGAACAUGA